ACAACAGAAACGAUAUAUUGAAUAUUAAAACAAACAGGCAGAAGCAUACAUAGAAACGCUAGUAGUAUUAGUCCAAAAACCAGGGUGUCUUUCUUUUGCUUUUUACUUGGUCCGCACAUUUUGAAUGCGAAGUUCAUGCAGCGCAUUUUAUGACUACGAAAAUAAAGCUCGUGCACUAAUCGAAAGGUGGAAUGCUCAUUUUUUGAAUUUUGCUGGUUUGAGGCGCUGCUCCUAACCGCCGGCUCGUGCAAGAUGAACUGACAUGGCUGAAGGAAGCAGUACAGCCCUGCUGAAAAACAUUUCAUCUGGAUAUCAGGACGAGGAUGGACUCCGGAUUCCCUGGGUGAUAACUUUGCUGGCUACGGUUCUUAUCACAACCAUCGUGGUAGACAUAUUAGGCAACCUGUUGGUCAUAGUCUCGGUCUUCAGGAACAAGAAACUCAGGAAAGCAGGACAUGCCUUUGUGGUUAGUCUGGCUGUAGCAGACCUGGUGGUAGCCAUCUAUCCGUACCCUCUGGUUCUCUCUGCCAUUUUCCAUGACGGCUGGAGCCUGGGCUACAUCCACUGUCAGAUCAGCGGUUUCCUGAUGGGGCUGAGCGUUAUUGGCUCCAUCUUCAACAUCACGGGCAUCGCCAUCAACCGCUACUGCUAUAUCUGCCACAGCCUCAAGUACGACAAGCUCUUCUCUAACAAGAACACCGUCUGCUACGUGAUCCUGGUGUGGGUCCUCACCAUCCUGGCCAUCGUGCCGAACUGGUUCGUGGAGUCCCUGCAGUACGACCCCCGCGUCUACUCCUGCACCUUCGCGCAGUCCGUCAGCUCGCUGUACACAAUCACCGUGGUGGUGGUCCACUUCAUCCUGCCCAUCAGCAUCGUGACUUACUGCUACCUGCGGAUCUGGAUCCUGGUCAUCCAGGUGAGGCGACGCGUCAAGCCGGACAACCGCCUCAAAAUCAAGCCCCACGACAUCCGAAACUUCCUGACCAUGUUUGUGGUGUUCGUGCUCUUCGCUGUGUGUUGGGCACCACUCAAUUUCAUCGGGCUGGCGGUGGCCGUGAACCCAGGUCUGGGCCUCGCCAUCCCAGAGUGGCUUUUCACGGCCAGCUACUUCAUGGCUUACUUCAACAGUUGUCUCAACGCUGUCGUGUACGGGGUUCUGAACCACAACUUCCGAAAGGAAUACAAGAGAAUCGUAAUGUCCAUUAUUAAGCUGCCUUGCUAAAAACAAAAGUGGAGAAAAACUAACCUGCAAUUUUGUGGUCAGGAAACAUUGAAGAGCAGCCAUGUGUUGAGUGUAAUUAUGUAAGACGAUCAUAGUUAAGAGCAUGCUGAAACAAAAAAACAAAAGCAUUGAAUGUAAAUAAGAAAAUGCAGUAUUUAUGUCAUGUUUUAUUGUAUCUUUCACAUGGUGUCAGUGCAUUAUGGGAACUUGAACAUUUAUUCAGUGCAUUAUGGGAACUUCGAACAACUUGUUUAUUAUUCGGCCACUUGGCUGUUUUAUGGUUGAUAUAAAUAAACAGAUAAUCCUAAGUGUAAGGCCUAUCAAGGCUUAAAAUUGCAUUGAUGUUUAUAUUCACCAAAAGCAGCCCCCCCCCCCCUCCCCUUACAACAUGCUUCUACAGGCAUCAUGGAAGAACGGGUUAGGAAGUAAGAAUGUUGACUACAAACUCCAUUUCAACUCACAAACCACAACAGAAAUUACCUAAUAUAUAUAUUGGUAUAGUGCCAAAAGACAUUCAUUAGUACAACAAUAAAAAAAGAAAGAGAAAAACACUAAAAUUAGAUGUUUAAUCAACCAUCUGAAUUAUUUUAAAACCACACUGAAAAGGCUUAAGUCUGCCCUUGGUCCAAUCAGCAAAAGGCAACUCCAGGCUCAAUGAAACCAAAGUCUGAUAGGGGAUUCAGAAGUGAUUAACUCUCUUUUGAAAGCUAAAUCCCUCCAGUAUCUUUAUCCCAACACAUGCACUACACACGUUUCUGUGGUCUGCCUAGUUGUUCUACCAAAUGCAGAACUCCAGAUAAUGGGGAUGCAAUUCAUUUCCGAUUCAUGGUUUAGCACCUUGGAUUUGUAAGGAUAAAACCAUUCAUACUCUAAGCUUUUUAUAGCAUUAAAACAUUAGAUUUAACAUACAAUUUUUGUAGGCAUCUCCGUACCGGCAAUACAUCUUUUAGUAGUAUUUUUUAACAUGCUUUUCCAGAGUUAUACUAUGCAUUUACUGUAGUUUACCAUGUUUUUUAUAUGCUUUACCAGACCUCUCUGUGCUUUACAAUGCUUCCCUAUGCUUUACCUUUGCUUUCUGACCCUUUGCUAUGAGUAGUACAAUAAAAAAUAAAAUAAAGUCAGCCCAGCCUCCCAAUCAUGCAAAUACAAAAAUCAUUUUUUUUAUUGGCAAAUGACAUAUCUUUAAUUGGCAAGCUAAAGCUCUGAGUGUGUGCCCCCACAGCUAUCGGCAUGUUCAGAGGAGGCACGUAAAGCUUUAUGACUAUGGCUUCUAAUAUCCAAGGGAAUAAAAAAAGGCCCUUUGACAGUGGAUGCACCAAAACAUCCUAACUGAUCCGAAGGAUGCCAUCCAUCUACAAGUGUGAGAAACCGUGCAUUCUUAUCUUGUUACCUUGACUUUGAAAAACUUCAUUGAGUCUGCAGGCAUCAGCUGCAAAGCCCUGAAAGAAACCAUAACAAAAUGAACUGGUCUGUGAAUUGCUUAGAUUGUAUUUGGCAAUUAUUCUGUGCACAAGUUACAAUGCAGAUUGUAUAAAUGACUGAAAGCUGGUUCGAUUAAAAACCUGGACUGCUAAAGGCUCUUAGGCACAAUCCAAUAAUGCACUUAGAAGUUCCCAUAAUGCAUCAUUCUGUAAAUUGGUUCCACAAAGACCGCCACUUGCCGAGUUUUGAUUGGUUCACCUGUCUACCAUUUCUGCAAAGAUCUUUGAAAUUAUUUUGCUGAAAUAUGUAAUUUAGUUUUUUCAACACUGGGCUUGCCAUCUGUACUAUACCGCGAUAAUCAACUGUAUACAUCAAAGCAGUGUCAUCAUCUACUGCACUUAUAUCUACUUCAAACACUCACUUCAGAAACUCUUUUGAUCAUCCUGUACCCUUUAGGAAUAACGCAUAGAUGUAUUUGAGCAGCAAUCCCAGGAUGAGCACAGAUAGGGGAUUGAUGCAGCCCAUUGCUGUCAGAUGCUCCAAUAAAACAUACAGCUGUGGCUUAUGUCAGCAGGGGAAUAGGCUGAUUAAAUAAACUCCUAAGUCAGGUAGACAAGCCAUUUUGGCUAAUGCUUUGAUAUUGAAAAAUUAAGAUGAGCCCAUCAAAACCCUGAUAUUGCAGGUCGCCCUGGGCGGAGUUUGGAACAUUGUUGGAACCAUUGUAUCAAUGCUUAGAAUGUUCAUAUUUAUAAUAUUAAAAAAUAAAAGAGCUAGAAGGUAACAAACCACCAGAUUUAAAUGUUACACAUUUAUGUUAAAUUAGUCAAAUUUAUAACUGCCUGUAUCAGAUUAAAAGCUGUGACCCAGGCCUCUUUGUAACAUAACAUUUUAUCACAGCACACACACAGGGACAAGACCUUAAUUACUAAUGUUCACCAUGUUACUGUAUAUCAUUAAACUAAUCAUUAAAAAAAAGUACAUUGAAUGUAAAUAUUCUAGUCACACAAGGGCAUAACUUAGUUAUUUGACUUCCUUCUCAGGAACACUGAAUAGCAAUAUUCUUUAAUGGUACCAUUCCCAACACCACCAUCUGGUCUCAUUGUAUGCUCAUUUUCAGUCAAAAUAGUCUUUGCAAUUCACCCUGAGCAAAAUUAACCAAAUAAGCUAAGACAAGGAAAGGAAUAAAUUUCGAUGUCUUACUGCAGACACACACUGAGUAUAUAAAAAAAACUAAUAACAAGCAGUGAAGUCUUUAAAUUAGCCAUACAAGUUGUUUUACAAAUUGCCUCUUAGUGUAAAAACCUUGAGAAAGAUGACCCAUGAGGGGAUCAGAAUAAUAUCACUCAAGUUAUUGGUUUCUCAUUUUGUAACAUGGAAUUGUGUCCCUUUCACUUACAGGAUUUUAUUUUACUGCAUAAUGUUCUUCUAUUUCCUGAGGGGGAAGAACACCUGUUAACAACUGAUUUGUUGUUUUGUUUUGGUUUUGUAACUUUAACAUAGUUAUUUUCCCUUUUCAAAAAAAAAAAUUAAAAACAGAAUAAAUGAUAGACUUGCGUAAACCUAACAGGCCCUGCUAGUGGUACAAAUGUUUACUGUAGAGCCCACAAGCACAAAGACAGGCACACACACACACACUCUCUGCUAGAACUUUUGCAGUGGUGUUUACCUUCCCAGGAGGAUGUGUGUUAUGUUCAAAGUGUGGAAACUACUCUGUGGUUUUACAUCAGCACGCUGAGUAGUUCUGCAGACUGUUCUGAAACAAAUGAAAAAACAGAGUUUAAACUGUAAUUCCCUCUGCGCUUGAGCUGUGAAAAAACACUUCUUUAUAAAUAAUCGUCUUACAAAUGAAAGGAAGGAAGAGAAGCAAAAAUCCUGUUUUCUAUUGCCUUUUCAUUUUAAGGUUUUUACAGUCUUUUAAGGUUUUUACAAUGGAAGAUUGUGGUGAACAGUUAUAAAUGAAGACCAGGCUGCAUGUUGUCUGAAGACUUAAACAACAGCUUCAAUAAUCUGAAGAUAUGACAUAUGUAUAUUAGGGAAGCCAUGAAAGUACAAUUGCCUGCUUGUCUUGACCUAAAAUGUUUGGUUUUGAAUGGAGCACUAUGGGAUUGAAUACUUACAAACUGCUACAAACAAACCCAUCUUGCACUUGCGUUAAUCAAAACUCAACAGUGACGUCAUUAGAAGAUUCAUUCAGUCAAGGAAGACCACACUGUGACAUUAAAGAUCUGAAGUUGAUGCAGACUUGUAUUUGUAGUCCACUUAGGCCAUGGACAUUACAUUUUAGCAUCAUCACACUCUUCCUUUUUUUCAGGUUAAUAUUUGCAGCAGCGCCCUGUGGUACACAUGCUCAUCCAGAAAAUGUGCUUUAUACUGUACAGGCAAAUCAAGAGGAAAGCAAUGUGUGGUUGUCUUCAUUAAGCCGUAUACCCUUCAGAGACUGCCAUCACAGAAACGCUUGCAGUGUCAUGACAACAAGGCGUCUUUGCUCUGUGUUUCUAUUUGGUUUUAUUUCUAAUGAUACCCUAAUAAAC